AUGGGUCACCCCGACGACGACAAAGGGCCGGCGGUCAUCAUCGUCUGCGCCCUGUUCCAGGCGCUGGCGACGGUCUUUGUUGGCGCCCGUCUCUUCUGCCGCAUCCGCAUGCUCGACCGACUGUAUCUCGACGACUGGAUUCUCAUGAGCGCCAUUGGCUGUGGCUGGACGGCGGUCGGCUUCACCGUCAUCAGCGUUCGGUAUGGUGACGGGAAACACAUGGACACGCUGGAGGUCGAAGAUAUGUCUCAGGUUCUCCUAUGGACGAUCGCGGGCUUCUUCCCGGGUAUCCUGGCCUUCACACUGCCCAAGCUGGCCGUCAUUAGCCUGCUGUGCCGUAUGCUGAACCCGAACAUCUGGCACAAGUCGUUCAUGUUCGGGCUUGGCACUCUCCUCAUGAUUAACGCCUUUGUCUGCCUCGGCAUGUUGUUCGGUCGCUGCCGGCCGUUCCGCGCCGUGUGGGACGCGACGAUUCCGGAAGACCAGAAGGUCUGCUGGGACUUUUGGAUCAUUGUGUGCUACGCCAUCUUCACGACUGCCGUCUCUCUCCUUGCCGAUUUGUACCUCGCUGUCUACCCGACUCUCGUCCUACGAAAGCUACAGAUGAGCCGGAAGAAGAAGAUCGCCCUCAGCUGCGCGCUUGGUGUCGGUUGGAUAUCUAUCGGUGUGACGGCCUACAAGUUUACUCGUCUCCCAUCCAUGUCGUCUCCUGACUUUUCUUAUGACACCGCGGACUUGACUGUCUGGACUAUCGUCGAAGGCAGCGUCGUCACCAUCGCAGCCACCAUCCCCGUCCUGAAACCCCUCGCCGACCUGAUCUUUGGCCGUUCGGUCUUUGGAGACAGCAGCUACCGCAAGAACGGCGACAGCGAAACGCCGGGCAAGGGAACCGGCGUCUCUGAUCUGGAGCAGGGCAAUAAUCAUUCCCGCAAGGCAGCGACCACGACCAACAUUAUCAAGUCUAUCAUUGGGGAUGAUAACGAGAGCGAGGAGCAGCUUGUGACGGUCAAUGGGGAGGGCGAACAUGGGGCAAAUCUUGUUCCCCUGCGGGAUAUGCCGAGCCGGGAGCAGCAUCAUGCGGAUCCUGGGAAAGGAAUCGUUCAGACACAGGAAUUUACGCUCGCAUACGGCCGGUCGGAUGCUACGCAGUAG